AUGUCUACUCACGCUACGGCUGAGCGGUGGCCUCCGGACUUAGAGGCGGGAACACCGAAUCCGUCCAAUCUAGGCGAGCUCUGGAACGUCGCCCUCCAGCGCCACGAGCAAGAGACUGGAAUAAAGCUGCUCAAGAGCGCGAACGCAAAGGAUUUUCCACUUCGCCCUGCCACUGCCGAAGAAGUCCUUGCGAUCUUUGCGGCACAGAGCCAGUCGUUCGAGGCGUUCCGAGCGCGCGGUCGAAAGGUUCUGCAGGUGUUGAAACCCAUCGUCCACUUCAUCUGUCUUUUCAUCGAUUCCGGGGCUGAGGCCGGUUCAGAUACGGUACCAGGAGGCAAGGCGAUCUUCGUUGCUAUCAGCGUACUUCUGCAGGCUACGAAGGGCGUGAGCGGCCUCUAUGACGUCGUUGAGCAUCUUUUCCGAGAGAUGGCGAGUUAUCUCAACCGCGUUCCGAUCUAUCUGGAUUCGUCAACGACGUUGGCCCCUGCUCUGAUGAACAUCCUCGUCAAGGCCUGUAUCCAAGUACUCGAGGUACUUGCGGUAACCACGAAGUAUUGCAAUUCGAGCACUAGGGGUCUUUGGGGGGCCGUUUCGCGGCGCACAAGGGAUUAUCUACGCGAGUUCAUUGGAGGUAGCGAAGUGAAAACAGCGCUCGAGAAGUUACAGCACCUCACGAAUGCAGAACUUUUGGCGGCUGUGGCGCAGAUUAACACUAUCGCACGCGACAUUCAACCGAAGAUACGCUUCGUUGUGAAUGAAUCAGUCAUCAGUGGUCUUCGUGUGUGGCUUGAGCCGCCAAAUGCGCAACCGCGCAACUGGGAGAAGAAGCGGCGUCUCGAUAGCUGUGCGUGGUUCUUCGGCGACAACAAGUGGGAGAGUUGGAUGGCGCAAAGGAACGGGGUGUAUUGGAUAUACGGCAAUGCUGGCGCUGGAAAGAGUGUCCUGUGUUCGUCGAUCAUCGAGAAGCUCAAGCAGGACUCUGCGUUUCCUUUGGUGUACUUCUACUUUGACUUCAGUGACAAUGCGAAGCAAGACUGUCGUUCACUGGCUGCUUCUUUGGUCUUUCAACUGGCAGCCUGCUCCGAAGCCUGCCAGGGCUAUCUUCAACGACAGCAGACGACUACAUCUCCGACCUACGAUGAGCCACCCGUCAUGCUGUCGAAUCUGGUGAAACUUGCUGGAUACGUAUUCAUCAUGAUUGACGCACUGGAUGAGUGCCCCGAGCAGGAGCGGGACAGAGGUUCUGCUCGCUUUCUUCGUCCUGAAGCCGACAUCUGGGUCCUCUUGUCAUCUGUCACUCAUAUACUCAGCCUUAACGACGCUCGACAGCAUCAGGAGGACGUGAGCGCGUUCAUAGCCUCUCGACUCGACCGAGACGAGCACCGCUGGGCGCCCGACGUCAAAGAUAAGAUACGCAAAGCCCUCAUCACAAGGUCCAACGGAAUGUUCCUAUGUGUCGAUCUCCAGUUACUGCGAUUACGAGACUGCAUCUCGAUCGCCGACGUCGAAGGCGCCUUGGACGAGCUGCCUUCCGACCUAAACGACAUGUACACGCGCAUCUUACAGAGAUCUAAUCCAUCAAAGGCUUCAGUGGAGCGGCGUCGUCGUGUAUUUCAAUGUGUCGCUUCCGCGCAGCGUCCGCUUUAUAUCGCUGAAGUGAUCGAGAUAUAUUGCAUGAACUUCAACUCUCGUACUCCCCUCAUCCCGGUCCAAGACUGCGAGAGAUUCAUACUCGAGAAGUGCCCAGGACUCCUAAACAUAGUUGAUUGGACGAAUUUGUAUGGCGCUCAACACAGAGCUGUCCAAUUCAUUCACUUCUCUGCCAAGGAAUACCUCACGUCCACCGAUCUCGAGAGCACUACAACUCCUGCACAUCGCUACGGCUUCGAUGACUACUCCGCCAAUCUUACGCUCGCAAAGAUCUGCCUCUCGGCCCUCCAGGUUGACAUAGAUACCCCACCCCUGAGCUUACGUGCAUAUGCGGACUGUUAUUGGGCUGAGCACGUAUCAUCUCGCAAUGAAGACGAUCUCGGCGAUCUUCUCGAUGCUUUCCUUCAGAUAGACUCACCUUCUUUCGCCCGCUGGUCUGGCCCUGGUUCGGAGCAUGGCCAGGACACCGCCUUCCAUCGCUCGGUCAGGUUGAAUCUAUGCCAUCAUGCAGAAAGGAUUAUGGCACAGAUAUUGAGCGACCCAUCUGCUCCCAACCAAUCUCUCCUCACAAUUCCGGAUCAGUACGGUAGAUCUGCGCUGCAUGUAGCAGCGUCUUUGAGACAUGUUGAGAUGUGUCACCUACUGCUCAGCCACGAAGCCCUCGUCAACAGCACCGACAGAGACGGAGACACUCCUGUGCACAAUGCCGCAUCGGAGGGACACUCGGAUAUCGUCCGUGUGCUUCUGGAACAUCCCGCAGCGGAUGGGGCAGAUCCUACCGCUCGAUCUCGUGUCCGCAAUGAGAAUGGGCAAACCCCGUUGCACCGGGCCGCAUAUCGGGGACACGUCGACGUUUGUCGCCUGUUGCUCAGUCACGGAGCGCUCGUCGACAACAGUGACGAAUGCGGGAACACUCCCGUACACUUUGCCGCACAGGAAAAAGAGCCGGAAAUCGUCCGUUUACUCCUAGCGUAUCGUGCGAAGGACGCGCCACAAGUCCUGCCAGCCGCGCGGAAGCUUAGGGAGAACUUGCGCAGGCAUGCCGAGCAGGAGCCAAAAAGGCCGUGGGGCGCCAUUCUGGAGGACUUCGCGUCUCAGCUCGAGGACCAUGCAAAUGGGUCAGACUGA